AUGCAUCUCCACCCGCCCCAUGCAUCUCCACCCGCCCCAUGCAUCUCCACCCGCCCCAUGCAUCUCCGCCCGCCCCAUGCAUCUCUGCCCGCCCCAUGCUUGUUGCACUCCCUCUUUCGUUUCCUGCUCACCUUUGCCACCUGCAAUAUUCCCUCCUCUCCCUUCCCUCCUUCUGCUCGUUGCUGCCGCAACUUUUCCCCUCCAUCAGUUCUCCCCACGCUCCUGCUCCCGUUUCCCUCCCUCCGCCCUCCCCCCGUUCCCCCCUCCCCGUCGUGGCCCUUCCCACCCCUCCACCUCGCCCCCCUCCUCUUUAUCCUCCCACGUGCGCCCAUCAGCUCAGCGUCAUUCGAGAUGGGCAACACCAAGGUGCUCGCGGUCGUGUACGGGCCUCGUGAGGUAACCAACCGGGCGGAUGCCCUCCCUGACGGGGCAGUGGUGCGCUGUGAGUAUGGCAUGGCUUCCUUCAGCACAGGGGAGCGACGACGACAGGGGAAGAUGGACCGGAGGUCUGUGGAAAUCUCGCUAGUCAUUCGCCAAACAUUAGAAGCAGCCAUCAUGCUCGAGCUCCUACCGCGCACACAGAUCGACAUCUUUGUUCAAGUCUUGCAAGCCGAUGGUGGCACUCGCUCCGCGUGCAUCAAUGCGGCGACACUCGCCCUGUGCCAUGCAGGCAUCCCCAUGCGAGACCUGGUUACCAGCUGCGCCUCUGGUUACCUCAACGCCACUCCAUUACUAGAUCUGAAUUACGUGGAGGACAGCGGUGGUGGCCCAGACGUCACAGUGGGGUACUUGCCGUCGUCCGAUAAGAUCUCGCUGCUGCAGAUAGACGCCAAGCUCCCGAUGGAGACAUUUGAGGAGGUGGUGAAGCUGGCAGUCACGGGGUGCAAGGCCAUCGCGCACCGCAUGAGACAAGUGCUGUUGGAGCAUACAGAGCGGUUGGCACUUGCACGUGGAGCAAUGCAACUGUAG